AUGGUCGACCACCACGAGCUGCCGGCGGCCCCCAUUGUGCCUCCCGGCGUCGACGAGGGCGAUCUCCUCGGCGUAGUGAACAGCGAGCCCCUCGCGCCCCUCGGCCCUCGAGAAGCAGGAGAGGCUGUCCGGGCGCGGGAGCCCGUCGAGGCCGUCGAGUCUGUCCAGCCCGUCCCCGAGGCCGAGCGCGCAGACGUCCAGGCCCCCCUCGACACGGCCACCCAGCUGGUCGACGAGCGCGAUGCAGGCCACGCCGGCGCCCUCCCCUCGCUGCCUUUGCUGCCCUCGCUGCCCUCGCUGCCCUCGCUGCCCUCGCUGCCCUCGCUGCCCGCCCCGCCCGCCCUGCCCGCGCUCCCCAACCGCCCGGGGCUGCAGCGAGCCAGCUCGGUGCCAACGCCCGCCCCGCUGCACCUCCCCCCGCCUGCACCGCCCGCCCAGCCCCCGCCCGAGGCCCCCGCCGACUCGCUCUCGCUCUCGCUCAGCCAGCUGCAGCACCUCGUCCACGCCGGUGGCCUCCCGCGCGUCGAGCCCACGCCCUACGCCUUCACCUACGACGAUGCCGCGAGCCUGCCCGAGGAGCUCGAGGAAUGGUUCACCUACGCCGUCGAGGAGCAGGCCAUGCUGCUCAAGGCCCACGCCAGCUUUGCCCAAGCCUGGUCCGCCUUCCACGGCCGCGCCGACGCGAGCCACCAGGACGCCGGCCUUGACUGGACCAGGGCAGACCCCGCCCAGCACGAAGCCUUUGUCGCCCAGCUGCUGCACGCCAUGGCUCACGACGAGCCGCCAGAGAGGCUCCAGAGCCUCGAGGCCUUGGUCUACGUCCUGCUCGGCUGCUGGCACGAGACUGCGGGACUCCCAGCUGCUACCGGGGGUCAUGUACACGGCGAUAUACGCGGUGCUGCCAGUGCUGCCAGUGCUGCCAGUGCUGCCAGUGCUGCCAGUGCUGCCAGUGCUGCCACCGGUGCUGCUACCGACGCUACCACAGACACGGCCACAGACACGGCCACAGACACGGCCACAGACACGGCCACAGACACGGCCACAGACACGGCCACAGACACGGCCACAGACACGGCCACAGACACGGCCACGGCCACAGCCACAGCCACAGACACAGACACAGACACAGCCACAGCCAACACCACCGAGGAACACGGCGAGAAACGCACCUCUGCUGCCUACGACCGAUCCGCGCUGCAGGUCGAAUGGAUCCUGCGCAACGUCCAGCUGCUGCCUGCCACCCACGGCUUCCAGACGCUGGUCCACAUCCUGCGCUCGUCGUGCAUGCGCGCCUGUGGCCUCAUCUCCGAAGACGAACAGCACGACGGCAACGAGGCAGAGCGCCGCGAGGUGUGGUGCGCCAUGACGGCCGUCUACGCUGUGCUGGAAGUCGCACGCUACCAAGAGAGGAAACACGACGACUUGCGCCUCCGCACCGCUGUGCUCAACCUCCAGGACCCGGGCCUGCUCAUGUUGCUCGUCGAGCUCAUCUCCAAACUGCGCUGGGACGAGUCCAUCAGCCUUCCCCUCACCAAAGUCACCUUGCUCCUGUGGAAAGCCAUGCUGGUCUGCUUCGGUGGCCUGGCCGAAGCGGACAAGGCGAAGGAGUCGUUCAAAGACCACUCCCUCGAUGCCGCCGAUGCGCGGGGCCAGCCCAUCAUCACGGCCUCCCCGCUCGACUAUCACCUCUUCCGCCAAGAAAUCAGCUCCAAGUAUCCAGCCUACAACCCCCCAGCCCCGCUGUUCCCCCUCGAACCGGAAAACCACUCCAUUCUCCCCCCGCUGAGGAACCACCCAAGCAAAGUGGCAGGCAAUCACGUCUUUGGAUCAGGUCUCGGGGACACAAACGGCAACAACACCUCCAUCCUCCAUCAGCCUGUACACAUUGCCACCCCGGCCCCCUCCCCCCCACCCUCACCGGCUGGCCCUGGUGGCAAAGGCGGCAAGAAGCAGAACUACCAGACGAACCAGAUGCUCCCCUUCUUGUAUCCGCCACUCGACGAGUCCAGCAACAACCUGGGCGGCAAAGGCUCCACCGAUCUCCAGGACAUACUCGUCGGUCGCAAGUGGGAGGGGUCCGAUAUCCCUGCCUCGAUCCUGGAAGCGGCUGAGCUGUUCGCCAAGCGCAUGAAAGCCACACGUGCUAUGAAGCAGUUGUGGGAAGAGCGUGUGGCGUUCAUGAAGUACGAGCGGGGCUGGACCGGACCGGACGAUCAUCCAGAUAUCGAGGACCUGAGUCUCGAGCCGAGAGAGGACGCUCCCAACAAGGAGAAGCCGCCAGCUGGGAGCAUGGAGGAGAGGAUGGACUUGGUGGAAGACUUCUACCGCAACGCGCUAUCCAGCCUGCAAUCUCUUAUCAUAGUGCUGAUCAAGGCGAUCCUGGCGCACGUCACCGUCCUCGUCACGCAGUCCAGUGGAGCGAACGGUCUGCAGAGCGGCUUCCAGUACCAAGACCAUGCGAACGGCACCACAGCGCAGAGACCGGAGAUGGAUGGCAUGCAUGGUCACAGCAACACGCCUGCGACCAACGAAGAGCUGGACGCCAUGCGCACCCAAGAGGUUCUGGACAAGGCAGUCACGGGCACGCUCAUGCUGAUUCUCAAGUGGUUCAAGGUGUCUCACAUACUCAAGUUUGAAUACAUCACGCAGCUGCUGGUGGACUCCAGCUAUGUCCCCUUGAUCUUGAAGCUGCUGCAGCUGCAGGAGGUGGAGAAGAUUGUAAACUUCAAGAGCGAGCAGGAGGAGCUAAAUUUCUUCCACUUCUGCCGCGCUCAUUCCCGUAACGUCAGCGACGAAGGAGGCCAUGACAACACAGAGGACCCACCAGACAACGGCUCGGACUCGGACUCAGCCGCCCCGCCGCCUAUCCAUGUCUCUCGAGGCGAAUCGACCGACUCGGGUGUCGGUCCACUCCCUCGGGCGUCCCUGUCCCAGCUGCCCGAGGUGGACGAACUUGGCUUUCCCACCAGCGAACUCCCCUCGGAGCCCAUCACCCACUUUUCGUGGCGCGCCUUCUUCACGUCGAUCAACUACAUGCGCAUCAUGCAGAAGAUUUGCAAGAACAAGGCGCACCGCAACCUCAUGCUUGUCUCGUACAAGUCGAGCCAGUUCCUUCGAAAGAGCCUCAAGGUGCCUCAGCCGCAACUGCGCCUGUACACGCUCAAGCUUUUCAAGAACCAGGUCCCGUACUGUGGGCGCAAGUGGCGUCAGUCGAACAUGAGGGUGAUUACGGCCGUGUAUCUGCACUGCCGACCGGAGCUGCGGGACGAUUGGUUAGCGGGAAGCGACGUGGAUGCGGAGGUCGACGAGAGUGUGCCGCUGGAGCAGGCGUUGAGGAGUCUGACCCACUGGUUCAACUUGAAGAGGUAUCCAGAAAGCCUGGGCGCGAAACCGGGCGUGCUGGGCGAGGAGAUGGACUUUUUUCGAAACGAGCUGGAGAAGAUGGAUUGGGGCGAGGAGAAGGUGGGCGAGGGAGAGUUUGAUCAGGGGUGGGGGGAUCUGCAGGCUGAGGGUUGGUGA